AUGUCUGGUGAAGCGGGCGUUAACGAGAAACUGGAAACAAUGCAGGUCAACGGUGAUAAUAAAGAAGAAAAAAAUGAGGAUUUGGUGACGCCAUGGAAUGUGUCGGCAAGUAGUGCCACCGGGGUGGAUUACGAUAAAUUGAUAGUAAAGUUUGGCUGUCGCAAGCUGGGCCCAGACCUCGUUGAACGAUUCAAGAAAGUGACGGGUCAGGAACCUCAUCCAAUGUUGCGUCGUGGCAUGUUCUUUGCUCACAGGGAUUUCGCCUCAAUCCUAGAUAGAAAGGAACAGGGGAAACCAUUUUAUCUAUACACUGGACGGGGGCCUUCGUCUGGAAGUCUUCACUUAGGACAUUUAAUUCCGUUCAUUUUUACUAAGUGGCUCCAAGAUGUGUUCGACGUCCCGCUUAUCAUCCAGAUUACGGAUGAUGAGAAAUUCCUAUGGAAGGAUAUGAAAGUCGAUGAGGCAAAGAAAAUGGCUCGUGAGAAUAUGAAGGACAUAAUAGCUGUGGGAUUCGAUCCAGCAAAAACAUUUAUGUUUAAUGACUUUGACUACAUGUGUCCACCCUUCUAUGAGAACAUCGUAAAAAUCUGGAAAGUGGUAACAGGAAAUCAAAGUAGAGCGAUAUUUGGUUUCACACCUGAAGAUAGUAUGGGAAAGGCAGCUUUCCCGGCCAUAGAAGCAGCGCCAUGUUUUGCUUCAUCGUUUCCACAUAUCUUCGGUAAGAAGACAGAUAUUCCAUGUCUCAUUCCGUGUGCGAUAGAUCAGGAUCCAUAUUUCCGAAUGACGAGGGACGUUGCUCCACGGCUUAAAUUCCCGAAACCAUCGUUAAUAUUUUCGACAUUCCUUCCUGCGCUUCAGGGUGCUCAAACGAAAAUGGCGGCUAGCGAUGCGUCAUCUUGCAUCUAUUUAUCCGAUUCCCCUAAACAGAUAAAAAACAAGAUAAACAAGUACGCUUUUUCUGGCGGUCAAGCUUCAGUAGAAGAGCAUCGUGCGCUUGGAGGUAACUGCGAUGUCGAUGUUAGUUAUCAGUUACUGCGGUAUUUUCUUGACAGCGAUGAGAAACUUGAAGAAAUCCGGAAGCAGUACACAUCUGGUGAAUUGCUGACCGGCGAGCUAAAAAAGUUGGCCAUUGAUGAAGUAACAAAGGUGAUUGCUGAGAUGCAAGAACGACGCAAGCACGUGACCGAUGCUACCCUAGACGAGUUUUUGGAAAUUCGCCCUUUGCAGUACAAGUUUUAG